AUGAGUUCGUCCAGAGUGGUCGAUGAAUCGCGGACUGCCAGCGGUAAGGGUGAACCGACCGAAGGGUUUACCUAUUCCGCGUGGUCACCAGCUCCUACCACACAUCGUUCAACGGCCGCCGUCUUAUUGGCGGUACUGUCGGCGAUCUUCAUGUUCAUAUUCGGUGUACUGUUCGGCGCUUUACUUCACUCUAUCCUCUUUUCGAAUAAAGCAUCUCAACUGGCUCUCAUGAAUUCGACAGUGUGCGACCCAAAUGCCGUGCCUCCGCCAUGCGACCAAUGGUCUCUGUCGGAGUCUCACGACAAUAAGGUGGAGACGUUAACCACUGACGCCUAUAGGUUGCCACGAGAUAUCGCUCCAAAAUCUUAUAAUCUAACUAUUCAUCCAAAUAUUGCAGCGAAUAAAUUGACAGGGAAUGUCGUCAUUAAUAUUGAGCACGUCUGUCCGAAAUGGUCGCAGUGGGCAUUUGUACUGGAUGCUAAACUGGUGCCCGGUGAAUUCGUGCAGCUUGGAAUCGAAUUUAAAGGUGAAGUGCUGGCUGACAUGAGUGGACUCUACAUAUCUACGCAUACAGAUUCAUUUGGCAGGCGGCUGCAAUCGGCCGUCACACAGUUCGAACCGACCGACGCACGGAAAAUGUUUCCGUGUUUCGACGAGCCGAAUUUCAAAGCAACCUUUCAGGUGACUCAUCUUUUGGAGAUAACUUUCUUAAAAGUCCGAAAAUUUUUGUUCUUUGAUGAAUACUUUGAAAUGGAAGAUUUUUCAAUAUUUUAA